AUGGCAGCGGCAUUUCAACAACAGAUAUUUGCUUUGGAUGCUCGUUUUAAUGCAUAUAGAGCUCCAGGAAAUCCUAAUUUCAAAACGCUUUACAUUCGCCGGAGAAGUCAGCUUUUAAGAGAAAACGCUAAGUUUAAGGAUAUUGAAACAAUAAAAAAAUAUAUUCAUAUUAGGAGCCAGCUUCUUCAACGUAGAUAUGGAGUGCAGGACAACAUAUCCAUAAGCUCAUCAUCAUCUCGGCAACGAUCCAGUAGUAAGGCAAGCUUGGCAAUAGAUGAAAGCAUUACUAUAAAUGCAAAGAAGAAGAAUGAUCUGACUAUAUCAGAAAAUUAUGCUUUUUCUGGAGUUCACCAUAUAUUUGAUCAGCAUUCAGAGCAAGUGAGCAUUGUUAAGUUUGCAAACAAUGACCGCUCAAAGCUGUGUUGUGCUUCACAUGAUGGUACUGUGUCAGUGUGUGAUGUCACUGCAUCUCCACCUAGGGUAGCCUUCAUACUAGAGGGACACUCCAAAGCUGUCACAGGAUGUGAUUGGUCGGCUUCAAAUGAUUUGUUGGUAACAUGUGGUGCAGAUGGGGUUUUAGUCCUUUGGGACAUCCCUCGGCGUCGACAACUUAGGUCUGUAAGGGACCAACUUCAAUCUCCAUUACUUUGCUGUGUGUUUCAGCCUGUUAAUAAUAACAUGCCACAGGCAGGCAACGCCCGAGGGAUGGUAGAAGUUCUUAAUGUGUCCACUGGAAUAUAUCCUCGAGGAGGCAGCAGUAUUUUGGGUGGUCGAGUGACAUCAAUUGCGUGUGAGUCUAGUGGAAGGAUGUUUUGGGCAGCAAAUGAUAAGGGUGUGAUAGUUAGCUAUCUGAUGUCGGGUGCUGGUGGGUCUUUGAGCAAAUUGCGUCGAUGCUGCGUCGGAGGCGCCGUCUCUUGCUUAAGCUGGAGCCCUUGGCUUGCCAGACACCCCGCCUUAUUGGUCAGCGCAGCUGAUGAUUCGCUACUAUUGUUUAGGAUAUCAGAUCGCGAAGGCAGUCUGUCGCUAAAGAAGCGAUUCGAUAUAGCGCACCGUUCUCAUGGCGUACAAUCAACUUUCUGCCCAAUAAUGUCAUUCCGUCGCGGAGUUUGCGUCGUUUCGGGGGCGGAGGACGCCUGUGUCUAUUUCCUUGACAUCGAAGGACACGCCGAACAGCCAGUUGUUAAUAAAUUGCAAGGUCACGCGCACCCAGUUCUAGGUGUAAGUUUUAGUUAUGACGAAAGUUUGUUGGCGACUAGUGAUGUAUCGGGACUGGUCAUCAUCUGGCGGCGGAGCUGA